CCCUCUUCAUUCUCCCCCUUCUCCCCUGAGAACCCUAGCCGCCAAACUUAGUUCAACCCUAUUUUCUCACUUGAAUUCCAUCCUUUAGGUUUCGGUGAGUGAAAUUUCUUCUUCUUCUUUUUUUUUUUUCAUUUCUGAUUCUCAACUCACUAAGAAAACCCUAACGGCAGUCGGUGGUCGGCAUCCUUACCAUCUCGCGCUACUCUCUUUCCUUUCCGCCUCUGAACAUGGACAGCGCCGUCGAAGAAACCGCCAAAGCUGUCUCCGAUUUAGCCAUAGAUUCCGCCGCACCUGCUGAAAAACAGAGCAAAAAUGCACUCAAGAAGGAACUUAAGACUAAGCAGAGGGAGGAGGAGCGCCGCCGUAAGGAGGAGGAGAAGGCUGCCAAGCUGGCUGCUGCAGCAAAGAUUGGUGCCCAGAGUCAGAAAUCUACAGGUGCAGAAGAUGAGGAAAUGGAUCCAACGCAAUACUUUGAGAAUAGGCUGAAAUUUCUUGCAGCUCAGAAGGCAGAGGGGAAAAACCCAUAUCCCCAUAAGUUCUUUGUAUCCUUAUCUAUUGUUGAAUAUGUAGAGAAGUAUGGAGGCUUAGGCAAUGGGGAGCACCUGGAGGAUGUCACUGAAGCUUUGGCAGGUCGAAUCAUGAGCAAACGAGCAUCCAGUUCGAAGCUGUUCUUUUAUGAUUUGCUUGGUGGUGGUGCAAAAGUUCAAGUUAUGGCCGAUGCUAGCAAGUCAGGCAUGGAUGAAGCUGAAUUUUCCAUAUUCCAUUCCGCUGUGAAGCGUGGUGAUAUAGUUGGCAUCACUGGAUUUCCAGGGAAAACAAAGAGAGGGGAGCUGAGCAUCUUCCCAAAAUCGUUCAUUGUAUUGUCUCAUUGUCUUCACAUGAUGCCAAGGCAAAAAGCAGGUCCUGAUGCCAAUGUGAAGAAAACUGAAAUAUGGAUCCCAGGAAUGAAGAGGAACCCUGAAGCAUAUGUUUUGAAAGAUCAGGAAACGCGAUAUCGGCAACGUUACCUUGAUUUGAUGUUAAAUUUGGAGGUUUGUCAAAUAUUCAAGACCAGAGCUAGGAUCAUUUCCUAUGUUAGAAGCUUUCUUGACAACCUUGGUUUUCUAGAGGUUGAAACACCCAUGAUGAACAUGAUUGCUGGUGGAGCAGCUGCACGCCCAUUUGUGACCCAUCACAAUGAACUGAAUAUGAGGCUGUACAUGCGCAUUGCACCUGAACUCUAUCUCAAAGAGUUAGUAGUUGGUGGACUGGAUCGUGUUUAUGAAAUAGGAAAACAAUUUAGAAAUGAGGGUAUUGAUUUAACCCACAAUCCUGAGUUUACAACUUGUGAAUUCUACAUGGCUUUUGCGGACUAUAAUGAUCUGAUGGAACUCACUGAGAAAAUGUUAAGUGGGAUGGUCAAGGAACUUACUGGUGCCUAUAAAAUCAAAUAUCAUGCAAAUGGGCUUGAUAAGGAGCCAAUUGAGAUUGAUUUCACUCCCCCUUUUAGGAGGAUUGACAUGAUAGAGGAGUUGGAGAAGAUGGCUAACCUCCAUAUACCUAAGGACUUUUCUAGUGAUGAAACAAACAAGUUUUUGGCAGAUGCAUGUUUGAGGUUUGACAUCAAGUGUCCCCCUCCUCAAACCACAGCACGUUUACUAGACAAACUUGUGGGUCAUUUUCUGGAGGAGACGUGUGUAAAUCCCACUUUCAUCAUCAACCAUCCUGAAAUAAUGAGUCCUCUAGCAAAGUGGCACAGAUCAAAGCCAGGGCUAACUGAACGUUUUGAAUUGUUUGUUAACAAGCAUGAACUCUGCAAUGCAUACACUGAAUUGAAUGAUCCUGUUGUACAACGUCAACGCUUUGCUGAGCAACUGAAGGAUCGACAAUCAGGUGAUGAUGAAGCCAUGGCUCUGGACGAAACAUUCUGUACUUCCCUUGAGUAUGGCUUGCCUCCCACUGGUGGUUGGGGCUUGGGUAUUGAUCGACUAACUAUGAUGUUGACAGAUUCACAAAAUAUCAAGGAGGUUCUGCUAUUCCCAGCAAUGAAACCUCAAGAAGAACCCUCUGCAAAAGCGCCAGCUCCAGCACUGUAGGAAGUUCAGGAGACGCCAAAGCCUGGGUUCUAUUGAACACUGCUAUAAACUAUGGAUUUAUGGGAUCAGCAUUUUUAACUCUAUCAUUAUUGGAUCUUAGAGUUUUGAUCGUAACUCCUUCAUGUUGGGUUAAUUUCAGAAAUACAUGAAUUUACUCGAUAUGUAGCUGACAUUUCAAUCUGUUUUUUCUUCACAGAUCCUAAAUUUGCUUUCAUGUUAAGGAGUAGAGCACUUUUAAGCUUUUUUGGCCUAGUUUAGACAUCAGUUGAAGCAUAUGCUGGAAUGUUAAUACCCUUAAUCCGCAAAUACGCAUUUGAUCAAACAUCUACUUCAUUAAUAUUCGACUAUAUUUGACCUUUUUUUUUUUUUUUUCUACGAGUAGUGCAAUAGAAAGUAAUUUUUUUA